CGUCCUUGCGUCAUUUACACACCGCAGCAACAGGUGUGGCACCGCCGCAGUGUUUGUCCCUGCCCGGCUGCCAUCGGAGAGGUGGCUUCUGUCAACAACACAGAACUGUCAGACAACUUCUGCUUUCACUGCGCAGCACUGAUUGGAAUAAAUCAGUGUUUCUGCCGUGACAGCUACAGACAGUUAUCCGGACUCAUUCACACAUCUCCGCAAUUUUCUCCCGAGUUAAACCUGGCAGUUGGUGUUUAAGAAAGAACAAGCACUUGAAGCCAGAUGAAUCAAAGAGGUAUCGAAACAGUACAGAGGAUUAUUCGUGCUCCUGUAAACUGGUUUAUUGUUGAGGGUGACCAAAAGUCAAGAGCUAUGGAAAAAUGUUACUAAAGAUGCCUUCACUGUCCUGUGGAAUGGAGAGUUGGAAGUGAUGGAGAACAGAGAGGAGAGCCCUGCAGAUGAGCCAGCUCCCACUCCUCCAGAGCAAGGACUGCUCCACAUCUGGCAGUCAGCGGGGCCCAGUGCGCAACUCUGUCCAGAGAGAGUGCUCCUGUCCAGGCCUGUCCUGCAGGCCACCUUGGGAGAACACCAUGGACUCCUGCUGACACAGGGUGGACAGGUCUAUUCUUUCGGAGAACUUUUGUGGAGGGAUCUGAGCAUCCCGGUGUCUGCUCCGGUGCUGGAGGUCUCUCUGCUGGGGAAGACGGUGGUCCGUGUGGCUGCUGGUGGUUUCCACUGCGGUGCGCUGAGCGAGCAGGGCAAUGUCUACAUGUGGGGGGAGAACACUGCAGGACAGUGUGGUCUGACCGAGAGGGGCACAAUCACAAACAUCACAGUUCCAGAGCCUUGCCAAGUCACAGUGGUGGACAGUGAGGUUGUUCCUCCAGCAGUGGUUCGGGUGUUGGAUCUGGCUCUCGGACGGGAGCACAGCUUGGCUUUGUCGGCCCAGAAAGAGGUGUGGGCGUGGGGCAGCGGCUGCCAGCUUGGCUUGGUCACCAACAACUUCCCUGUUUGGAGACCACAGAAGGUGGAGCACUUGGCAGGCAGACAUGUCAUUCAGGUGUCUUGUGGUGCCUACCACAGCCUGGCCCUGGUUCGCAGUUUACCUCCACAGAAUAGCCAGAAUCCAACCAAGUCAACUGAGAAGAGGGAGCGGGGUCGGUCGCCUCACUACGCAGUGACAGAAAGGGAGGAGCCGUUAGCAGUUGAUGCUGGUCACUACUGUCCGCUGGGGGUGGAGCUGAAUGAAGUCAUGACAGGCGAGACCUCUCCCAGAACAAGAGGACCCAGACGAAGGUUACAAUCUCGGGGACGGUCAGCUGGAAGCAGCCCUGGCUCUGCAGCCGGUUCAUGUCCAUUUUCUGAAAAUGGAAAAUCUAACACUAAACAGAAAAAUCUUUCAGUUGGGCAAACUCACCCUCUCACUGACACAGAUGGCAGCCCCAAGUCUCAUUUGCUGUCAGGCUGGGAAGCCAAUAAGAACUCUGCUUUCCCUGACGAGCUAGAGCUUCAGAAUCUCCUUCAGAAACUCUCUAGUCACUCAUUUGAGAUGCGCCACACCACCGGGCCGGGAGAUACCGACUCACUGAGCAGUUACACUUCAGAUGACAGCUGUGUUUCCUCAACUCCUUCCACGGAUCUGUUGACUUCCAGUUACAAAGAUGACUCGCCAAUCAAGAGUCAAAACAACAAUGGCGUGGCCGUGCCGUACUCCUCCUCCCCAGUGUGUUUGGAAGAAGUUCGGCUUUGUCUGGAGGCGGAGAAGCAGACACUGCAGGGGCAGAAAAGCUCCAGUCUCACAAAUAUAAACCAGAAGGGCAGAGCAGCAACAAACAGGAGACGCUCCCUGCCUGGAAUACCCACCCGUGGGUCUCCACGGCAACUGCGGUCUUGUGCCUGCAGGCCAUCCUCUGCUGGUUGGUCCCAGGUUGCUGCGGCUGAGGAGGCUGGAGAUGGGCUGCCGUCUCUGGAGACAGAAGUGUGGAGCUGGGGCCGCGGGUCUGAGGGGCAACUGGGCCACGGAGAUCAGCUUGCUAGACUCCAGCCUCUGUGUAUCAAGUCUUUGACAGGGGAGGAGGUGAUCAAAGUCGCCACAGGGUCACACCAUUCCCUGGCUCUCACUGCUCACUGCCAGGUGUACUCAUGGGGCAGCAACAUGUGUGGACAGCUCGGUCACGUCAACAGUCCUGUCACUGUACCUCAACAGGCAAAGCUGUCUGAUGGUCUUCGGGUUUGGGACGUGUCAGCCGGUCAGAGCCACUCCCUCCUCCUGGCUGAUGGAGACUGUGUCCAGCCGGUCCUGUUGUACUGUGGCCAACAGCAGGAGCCAACGUCAGCGCCGAGUCCAAGGUCCCACCAGAGUCAAAGUUCAUGUCAGAGGUCCCCCAACAGAGCGGAGAGUUAUACAGUCAGACCCACCCUGCUGCCCUUCUGCAUGGAGAUGGGUUACAUCAGCACUGUGUGCAGCGGCGGUCAGAGCUGUGCGGUGCUGGCAGACCAGAACGUCAUGGGUUUUAUCUCAGCAAUCCAUGAGCUGGCCUCCAGAGAAAGACAGUUUUACUGCUGGUCAAGCACCGUCAUGGAGCGCCUCCUCACACCACUACGCAACAGAGAGAUUGUGAGUCCGUCGUUAGGUGAGCCGUGCACUCAUCUCUUCUUCUCUGUCUGUGAGAGUUUUGUUCGUCUGAGCGUCCUGAUCGGUCGACACUCCACGUCACUCAGCUACUUCCUGCAUGAUGUGCAGGGCUGUGAUGUCACUUCCCUUCCCCUGCUGACACAUGCUGAGCACUUUAUGGACAUAUAUAAAGAGUAUUGUUCGUCAGUAGGUGACUUCCACGUGAUGGGCGGAUUCCGAUCACUCCAUAAACUCUCACUUGAGUGUUUAGGCUCUCAGCAGACCAUGCUCGCUCAGCUGUGUGUAUCAGACCAGUCUGUCAGUGGUGAUGUUGAUCUGGGUUCCUUGUUGUACUGGCCUCUGCAGCAACUCCACCAGUAUAGCCGAGUCCUGCUCAAACUGGCGGCCUGUUACGAUGUGUUAACUACAGAGUAUCAGUCCCUUCAUCAGGGCUGUGGCCAGUAUGACUCCCUGUCUUUGUCCUUGUUGAGGAAGAAGAAGGAGGCUGAAACCACCUUCCUCUUCUGGAAGACCCACUCUGGAAAAACUACUGAGGUCCUGCGUCUCCCACAGCGUCGUGUGGUGUGUGAAAGCAGCAACCGAUCUCUGACUCUGCAGAAUGCUGGGCGGUUCUCCAACCACUGGUUCAUAUUAUUCAAUGACACACUGGUGCACACACAGGCUGCCAUUCCUUCUCAGAGCCUUUUCUCCACACAUCACGUAUACCCUCUGACCUGUCUGUGGGCAAAACCACUUACCGAAGACAGCAGCGGACUCUAUGCAAUUAAAAUUACAUGUCCAGAGGAGAGUUUCACCCUGGUGGCUUCGACACCACAAGAAAAGAACAAGUGGCUACGGUCUAUUAACCAGGCGGUGGAUCAGGUGCUGAGUGGUGCAAGUCAGGGGUCGUCACCAGGGAUGACAGCAAUGUCUCGCACUGCCUCUUACACGUUCACCGGAGAAGGCCGGUUUAAAGACGCCCAAUACAACGGGAGCUGGCUGGCAGGACGAGUUAAUGGCAGAGGCACCAUGAAGUGGCCAGAUGGACGGAUCUACAACGGGAACUUUAAGAAAGGGCAGGAGGAUGGCUAUGGAGAGUGUAUAAUACCUAACAAAGUAUUGAAAAAGCCAGACACCUACCAAGGACACUGGAGAGAUGGCAAGAUCCAUGGUUUCGGCAAGUACAAGUAUGCCAGUGGUGAGGUGUACGAGGGCUGUUUCUGUGAUGGGCACCGGCAUGGUUAUGGCAUGCUGAGCUCCGGAAGGCUGACCAAGAACUCCUCCAGCGUUUUCAUUGGCCAGUGGGUCCACGACAAGAAGACGGGAUAUGGAGUCUACGAUGACAUCACAAGAGGUGAGAAGUACAUGGGACUGUGGUUGGACGAGCAGCGGCAUGGCAGCGCUGUGGUUGUCACCCAGUGUGGUGUGUACUAUGAAGGGACCUUCAGAGACAACAAGAUGAGUGGUCCAGGUUUGUUGAUGUCAGAUGACGACACCGUUUUACAUGGGGAGUUUUCUGAUGACUGGACUGUCAACGGGAAGGGUGUUUUAUUCCAGGCUAAUGGUGACUGUCUGCAGGGCCUGUUCAGUGGAGAGUGGACCACAGGGCUGAAGGUGGUUGGAACUUACACCAAACUAGCUGCAGAUGAACCAGAAAACAAAGAGAGAAACAGCCUGCUCAAGCUGGGUCAGUACAUGGUGCCUGCAGGUCAGAGGUGGCUCUGUGUGUUUGAUGAAUGUUGGAGUCGACUGGGCUGUGAUGCUCCUGGGAGAGGAGAGAGGUCUGUGGCCUGGGACAACAUUGCUGUUACCAUAACAACUGCACGACGACAAAGCCCAGAUCUCAGUAGGUCUCAGCGUAAAGUAUUGGAGUGUUUGGAGUGCAUUCCUCAGCACGGAGAACCGGUGACCACCGCAAACUAUGACAACAUACGAAGAUACCUCAUCAAGGCGUGUGAGACCCCUCAUCACCCUCUGGGCUGGCUGGUGGAGACGUUGGUGACGGCCUACAGGAUGACUUACGUCGGCGUAGGAUCCAACCGCAGGCUGCUCAACCAGGCCGUCCAGGAGGUUCUGGCCUACCUUACGCAUUUCUACAGCAUUGUCAGGUUUCUGUUUUCGGGAUUACCAGAUGAUGGCGGCAUCAUCCCUGAGCCCCCUGCCUCUCCAUCUCGAAGCAGACACAGCUCUAAAAUAGCAGAGCAAAACAGUGUUGUGGUGGUGAGUUGCUCGUCUCUGCUCCUCCCACAGCUGCUUCCUCGACUCUACCCUCCUCUCUUUACCCUGUACUGCCUGCAGGAGGAGCAGAAGGAGGCCCAGUACUGGGAGCGCAUCCUCCGACUCAACAAACAGCCCGACCAGUCACUGCUCAGCUUCCUUGGAGUGCAGGAGAAGUUCUGGCCCGUGUGGAUGUCAAUUCUGGGAGAGAAAAAGCAGAUUGUGUCCAGCAGUAAAGAUGCGUGCUUUGUUUUUGCUGUAGAGACACUCCAACAAAUCAGCACCACCUUCACUCCGUCAGACAAACUCCUCGUCAUCCAGAAGACAUUUGAGGAACUGACCCAGGAAGUAAAACCUAUGCUAAAUAGCAACUUCCUGUGGUGCAUGGAUGACCUGCUCCCUCUCUUCCUCUAUGUUGUGCUCAGGGCAAGGAUCAGGAACCUGGGAGCAGAGAUCAGUCUGAUAGAAGAUUUAAUGGAUCCCAACGUUCAGCACGGAGAGAUGGGACUGAUGUUCACCACACUGAAGGCCUGCUACAUCCAGAUCCAGCAUGAGUCGGCUAUGUAGGAGCAGAAAGCAAGAUACCACACAGUCAACAAACAGCAAUACAUGCACUGCCGGAAGAGGCUCAGUGCUUAGCACAUAGAAGCUGCCAGAACAAAACGAGUCAACCCACCAGUGUUCUACUGGAUGCCGCUGGGAAGCCGUCACACAUGGAGGGAAGGGAGAGUGUCACCCUUUCUGUCAAACACCUGUCACCUUGUUACUGUUGAUCUUUUCAGUAUGUUACAGCACACCAAAGCUCUCUCCUUUUUUAUCAUAGACAGUUUUCACAGGAAAGUAACAAGUCGCCCUCUUCUGAACAUGUUAGGUAACUGCAUUAGUGUCUACAUAACAUUUGGUAAUAUUUCAUUACAUUAGAUUUUUGGUUAUAAUACAUGAGCUCAGUUUCAACAAUAAGAAUUUUGUUGAAACACCAGUGCAGUUUUCAUUUUCACUAUUUUUAUUUGACAGUUUUUCCCUAAAGGGUGAUUGAUUAGAAUAUACAGUAAGGUCCCUGUGAGGUGUUGGACUGUAUAUUACUCCAGACAAAGGGAACUUACUAACCACAUCACUGAUGAAGUCAGUGAACGUAACGGGUUAUUAACUGGAAAUCUAAAUAAUAAUGUAGAUAUUGUUUUAAAGGCAAGGUACUUUUCAAAGGGAAUGUCAAUGUUUUAAAGUUGUGAUUUUCCCGCGUUUAAUUAACAGUAAAUCUCCAGCCACAGUAAAAUUCACAGUAUUUGAUACUUAAUUAUAUAUCAAAUAUCACAAGCUAAUGAAACCUGCAGUACAGUUACCUACUGCAUAUGGUAACUGCAGUUCAUUUAACUUUGAGCAGUUGAGACAGCUACAGGAGACACCGAUGGUGUCAAUACAGCAAGGUCAGGGUCAGUCUGAAAAGCAGACCGGGUGAAGGGUUCUUUUUUUUUUAACAGAAUACAACUCAAAAUUCGCAUAGUUUUUUGCAUGAAAACAGUAAAACAGCUUAAGGCACUUAAUGUCUGUUUUUCCAUUUCUUCCUCAGAAGCCAAACCAAAAUCACCAGCUCGGAAAUCUUAACUCCUCAUGUAACAGUAUGUUUCUGCAAAUCAGGUGCAAAUUGUCUUCCUUUGUUUGCAUAUAAAUCUAAAAUCUCAUCUCACUUCCCAAACAACUGUAGUACCUUUUGAAUGCAAGAGAGGUCAACAUCACACUAAACAGACUUUCAGUUUCUUGAGACAGUUUAAAUUAUUUUUAGUUUUUGAACACUUGUACUGUCCUGUAAUACAACCCCAACGUUUGCAUGCUCCUGUAUGUUGAAACUAACCAUGAAGUAGUGUGUCUCAGGUCUGAAAUUCAGAUAUUCUCAACUAGUAUACAAUAAGCUGACCGGUAGGGCAAUAACUUGUCACUACAGAGGGAAGGAUUUUCUACUUAAGAUAAGUAAAAAGGGAACACUGAUUAGCUAAGCAUUAAGGAAACGUUCAUUGUUUUGUGUACAUCUUAAAUAGUUUGUCAGUGGUUUGUCAGUGUUAGUGGAUACACAUACGGGUGGGGGGGGGGGGGGGGGGGGGGGGGGGGGUGAGCAUGUAUGAACAAGUCUGACAAGGGACACUUGUCAUGUUGCACUGACAGCUUUUUAGUUUAGUUUAGCAAACAGCCAGGAGAGUGUUUGAAGGCAGAUUAUGUUCACUUUGUCGUGCAAUAGUUUUGGCCAAGUUACCUAAAAAACAUAUAUAUUUAUAGAAAUAUACAUAGAAAUAUUCCAGGAUUGUUCCCUGUCUCCAUAAAGGACACUCUGUUUUGUGUCAUGUUAGUUUGUGAGAAGAAUUUGUCGAAAACCUUUUCUGUUUUUUUUCUUUUCUGUUUUUUUUCUUUUCUUUUUUUUAAUUAAAUUUGGUGAAAGGUUGAGCCCAAAAAAGUGACGUCUACUGUGUGAAUCCACUAAAGGAUUAAUUCACAUUGUAAAAUGGGGCCUUUACUAAAAUGAAAGAAAUAUGGCAUAUAUGUAUGCCAUAAUUGUCUAUCGCUGGGUGUUUUAAUACAGCUAAUUAACUAGUCUGCCAAACCCAUCAAGGUCCUUAAAACUUUCUUUUACUGUCAGUUUGUUCUUUGAAUCCAUCUGUGAGUUAUUAAUGACCGUGUUCAAAAUUAUAAUUCUCUGUUUUCUUUUUAAAAUGCUCCUUGUUAUAAAAGUAAAAAGUUUAUAAAUACAAUCUGGCAUGACAAACUGACUUUUUUAAAGAACCUGGGGAACCUUUAAAUCACUCAAGAAAUAUUACUCAUUAAUUUAUUAGUAGAUUAAAUUAUGUAUCAGAGAUAUAAUAAAAGUAUAAAUCAUAUAUCGGAGAAUUUCCCACAACCAUGGCUUAUUAUUAAAGAAUCUCCACGGAGUCAAACUUUUAAAAAUCCACUGAGAACCAUGAGGAUUUCUGCCGUCAUGUUACUGACUUGAUUAACUGAGCUCGUUUUAAUGUUGUCAGGAAUAAAUGUCAGUCAGAUUGAACUGCAGUAUUCAACAAUAAAUAAAAAACUUGCCAAAAUGGUAGAGAAGCAGGUGUUUCAUUAGAUUUGAUUCAAAAUCAUUUUAUCACUUUCAGCGUUGCCGAAAUGUGUUUGUACUGUAAUUUUUGUCACUGAAGUUUUUUUUUUUUUGCAGAAUGCAGACACCUAUGUGCUGGGACAGUUUUUUUCUUCUUUUGGUUAUUAAAACGACUGCAGUUUUGUGUAAUACAGAUGUUGCAACUAAGGAUGGAUGAGACAAAAGCAUUCAGCUGGUCUCCAUAGAUACCAGGUUAAAGGAUAGACAGAUGUUUUGCAUGUCUUAGCCCAAUAUCAACAUAUCACCUCCAAUUUUCAGUACUGCCAACCAUCACGUACAACAUUCCAUUAUGGUAUGUUAUUGUACUGAAAUGAACCUGAUCUAACGAUUUAGAAACUGUAAUAGAAGUAAUAUAAAGUGCACAUUGUUUCCAUUUUAUGGGCUCAAACAUGUAAAACAUGGUCUUUUGUAAAAACCUACAUUUCUUGGUGGUAUCACACUAUGAGGUACCUGGCUGAAUGUAUGCCUUGAGUUUAUUAUUUUUCUAACAGUAUAUUUUUGUAACUUCAUACAUUUGUAGAAAGAGAUGAUCAGGGGAACUGAUUGCAAAAUGUUAAUUAAUUUAGUGGAAACAAUGCAGUGAGAAAUGAAAAGUGUUUACCAUAUAAAUAAAUGUGGUAUCAUUCUG